CGGUCUAAAUAAAUCAUGAAUUUCUACUGGAUUACAGGGUGUUACAUUCCAGAAGAUUGUAUUCUGUCAAACAUGAUUUUGGGAAAUCUUCCAUUUUUCAGCUUAAUGUAUAUUUAGAUAACAAAAACAUCCUUUUCAUGGUAAACAACAUGUCACAUUUUUUAUUCGAAACAUAAUGCAAUAACCAAAUACGUGUAUGUUAGUGUACUAGACACUGACAGAAGGUUCCUUUGAUUAUUGUGUUACUGACCACUGAAGUGUUUCUGUAUAUAAAUAUAUCCAGGAACAUACUGCACUAAACUUUUGAUACUUCUUACUUUUUUAUUUUAAAUUUCACCAAAGUUUUUGGCAUAUGCUCAGAAAUUUUAAUUCUUAAAAGUACUACCUGGUUGAGCUCAUGUAAAUAUAAUCAUAGUUACCUACAGAUAUAUUGAAAGUACCCAUAGUAAAUUACAUUUUUUUUUGUGCUCUAGUUACAUAUUAAAUAUAUAAAAAUAGAUUGAUUUAAUUAAUAUAAAUAGGAUUUUUUUGAAAGCCAGAUUUGUCUAAAUAUUUGCCCAGUUGUUAAGAUACCAUCAAGCAAACUUGUGACAACGGAUUGUAGCCUACUCUUUCAUGACCGUUCAUGACAGCUGAUUACCGAAACAUUGUGAAUUUCGCAGCAUUAAGGAAAUGUCCGCAGAUCACAUAAAUUAUGCCUACUUCUAAAUCGGGUGAUCUGUGCAGCGUUUGCUCGAAUGGUUUUUGUAAACUUUAUCCAUAACUUUGAAAGAACGCUGGGCGUCACAGUGAAUAGAAUGCAGUCAUAUCGGUAAUAUCCACAUCGACCGAUUGUUCAUAUCAAAUUCAGUAAUAUGUAUAGUGCUGCUAUCUUUGUUCCGUAUUCCUCAUAAUAUUGCGCUCUUCUUCCAUAGGGAAAUAUGUUAGAUUUAGAUCUCUUCACACAGCACAUAAAGUUUCCGACAAGAACGGAGUAUCAGCACGAUCAGCACCGAUCAUCACAAAUACAGUUCGGUGCCUUGUUCGCAAAUAAGCAGGCGCGUUGAACCGGUAUAGUCAAGUACAUGUGUGAAAGACGCGUCUCUGUUAAUCUCUUGGUAGCCAUAACGAUUAAACAAUAUUAUUACAAUGAUUUAGCUAAUACGAUACUGCUGUUAGAAGAUACAGUGAAACAAUAAAGUGUAAUUGUAGUGGAUUUAUAAUUUCUGUGCCUGAAAACAAAAUGGAAGGGCAGUGUGUAAUUCUGUACAAAGAAGCAAUGGAUGACGAGACAAGACGACAGAGUAACAAUUCAAUCCUUUGGCAAUGAAAAUUGAGGCAAAGUAAUCCCAUGAUGUGGAGUAGCAGAUCAGUCUACUGAUAACAAGUCUACAAGGCUCUAUAGAAUAUGGUACUUAAGCGGCAGCCUCGGGCUGAGUGCGGACGUCGUGACGCCCAGCAUCGCGACGAUGUCGCGCCGGAAACAAGCCAAACCACGAGCACUGAAGAGGGAGGAGGAGUGGGAGUCCGAGUGUGGAGAAGAACCGCCAGAAGGCGCUGUGUCUGGUUCCACGGAGGAUGAUAUGAUACCAGCCACGGCAGGAGGGGAAUGUUCCCCCGUUCCUACUGCUGCUGGCUCUUCGUCCUCACCACCACCCUCACUAGCUCGACAGCCCAAUGGCGAGAUUGCGACCAGCAGUAAUCAUAAAGGUGAGGAGAAUGAAAAGACGCCUUCCUCCGCGUCGGAUCCUGGACAGCAGUCGGGGGCGACGCCCCGCUAUGAUGUCACUCUGGAAGGUCUCCAGUUGGCAUUAAUGGAUCGUCAUAACUUCCCAGGUAUCUCGGAGGCGUUCCUGAAUAAUGGGGCGGGUAACAGCGGUGCCGACACGGCGACGUCUUCGCGUCUCCUCAGCCCACCCCCUGCCGCCUCCACGGCAGCGACCGUCGUGCCGGGUGAGGCCGAUAACAGCCUUGAGUCCGACGCUCUCGGGACCGAUCCGGGAUCGUCGUGGCGCUCCGAGACGCCGGAAGAUCAGACGUCGCCCUCCCCUAGCUCUUGUGCUACCCCGAACUCCGCCACGGACGUCCCCGACGCCGAAUUAACCUUCACCGUUGGGGUGACUGAGGGAACGCCAUAUGCUUGCCAGUUUUGCGACAAGGCGUUCCCUAGGCUCAGUUAUCUCAAGAAACAUGAACAGACGCACAGUGAUCAGAUGCCCUUCCGCUGCGAGUUCUGCAGCCGGCUUUUCAAGCAUAAGAGAAGCCGUGACCGACACAUCAAGCUGCACACGGGCGACAAGAAGUACAGGUGCACGCACUGCGAGGCUGCCUUUUCCAGGAGUGAUCACCUGAAGAUUCACAUGAAGACGCACGACAACCAGAAGCCAUUCCAGUGUACAGUGUGUAACAGGGGCUACAACACAGCAGCAGCCCUUACCUCGCACAUGCAGAACCACAAGAAAGACCAGCAACAUCAGCAGCAACAGAAUGGCCAUAACAACAGCAACAGCAGCCGCGCUAGCAGCAACAAUACGCCUAGUCCCGGAGCUGCCUGUCCUUCCUUCCGCUGCUUGCAGUGUGGCGAAACAUUCCGGAAGCCAGAGGAACUUCAGGGUCACAUGGUAACGCAGCACAAUGUAGAGACAGGUGGUUCGCCCCUGGGACCCAUCAGUAGAGGGCUGCUAGGGGGUCUCAUGCUUGGUGAUUCCCCUUUGGCAAGGUCGCCAUCUCGAACCUUAUCAUUCCCAGCUCCAAAACUGGCUUGCAUCUACUGCACUAAGGAUAGCUUCACCACUAUGGAAGCCCUGCAGUUGCACGUCCAGGCUAUGCACGGUUCCAUACUGAAUGGUGAACUACGAGACUUCACCAGUCUGUCACAGCAUCAGGCAAGUCCAAGUCCCAGCCUAACACCUCACCGUCUGCUCACAUCACCAAAUGGAGGCGGGAACAGCGCCAGCAAUAACCACACUGUGACUUCAACAACUCUCAUGCCUUAUUCCUGCGACCUGUGCACAAUGAGGUUUGGUACCAUCCAGGGUCUCCAGAAGCAUGCUCUUGCUGUGCAUGGCCUGAUGAGUCCAAACAACAUGGGGAUUGGAAGCAAGGAUCAUCAUAAUGAAGCAGCUGGAAGUACCGCUGGUCUGUUUUGUGUACAGUGCUCUCUAUCAUUUCCAUCAGCUGCUCUGUUUGCUGAACACUAUGUCCUCUUACAUGCAUCUAGCAGUGCAACUGGGCGACUCAUGAUUCCAUCUUCUUCAGCCCCCGAACAACUAAAACCUACGGAUCUCAGCAAGAAGGCACAUCGACAUUCACAGCACCAUGAAGAGAGAUCACCACCAAAGAGACAUAAAGCCUCAGUGGAAAAUUCAGCAGCACCAACAGUCACCAUGCCAGAUACCCCAACUUCUGCACCAAGUAGUAUGGUGAAUCAGUAUGAACAUCCAGGAACUCUACUCUGCAAUCAGUGCAGUGCUGCUCUGCCUGACUUUGAAUCAUUCCGGACGCAUCUGAAAUCUCACUUAGAGGAGGCAGGUGGGCUGCGAGGAUUGCUAGGAGGUGGAAGUGACAUCAUGGGGAUGUUAUCAAGCCAAGAUAGCCGAGUAAGCAGUUCCAAGAGCCCAGCUUCUUCAGGGGCUCUUGCAUGCCCACACUGUGGUGCUAAGUUCUCUGGAGCAGAUGAUCAUCAAGCUUUCGAACAGCAUGUUGCCACACAUUUCAUGGCCACUGCCACAGAGUAUGGCUGUCAGAGUUGCCUCAAACUUUUCCCUAAACCUGAUGAGUUGCAGAAACAUCUGAUGGACAUCCAUGCUCAUCACCUCUAUCGCUGCUCUCUAUGCAAGGAAAUGUUUGACACCAAAGUUGCAAUACAGGUUCACUUUGCAGUGAAGCACAGCAAUGAAUGCAAGCUGUACAGGUGUACUGCGUGUCCUUCAUCGAGUGCAGUAUUUCGUUCAGAGCUGGACUUUGGUCUGCAUGUACGAUCUUCUCAUGCUCCACUUCCUUUGCUCACUGGGGCAGCCAAUAAGACCCCAACACAACAGCCCUUUCGCUGCCUGUUUUGUCACCUCAGCUUUGGCACUGAGCUUGAAAUGCAGUUCCAUUUGGCAGCACAUUCAAAGCAGUUCCACUGUCCACUGUGCCAAGAAGCCUUCCAUGUGGAGUUUCUGCUGGACAAGCAUGUGCAGACACAUCACAGCUCUCAGGUGCUGAAUGGCAAUGGAACAAGUUCAACUGAGAAUCUGAGUCAACAACAGAAGUCUCCUAAAAGUAAAACAUCUGGAGUGACACCAUCAACAACACUCCCCAGUAACAACAACUCAUCAGGGUCCAGUAACAGUGCAAGCCGCAACAGCAAUAAUAAUGAGAACAGUAGCAAGAAGAUUGACCAAUCUAACAAUAACUGCUGCUGUGAUAUCUGUGACCGUUGUGAUUUUGGAAGUGAGGCAGAACUCACAGCUCACCGAAAAUUGGUACAUCAUAUCAAAUCAGCAACAGGGAAGAACGGUGCUGUGAGUCUUCAUUGUGCAUACUGCAGUGAGAAUUGUAAGUCACGCACUGAACUGGAAAACCACAUGAAAACACAUUCACAGGGUAGCAGUGGUUCAGGGAAACACAAAUGUAAUAUAUGUGAUGAACUCUGUCCUUCAGCUGCUGUCCUUGCUGAACAUAAGCUGACACAUUGCAAGGUGAUAUCUGGGAGCAUUUGCACACUGUGUAAGGCUACACUUGUCAGUGAGGACCAGUUUUACACACACCUUCAGCAACAUAGUUCAAACAGUAAUAACACUAGUGCUCAAGGGAAUACAAACAGUGUGCAGCAGCAAGUGGUUUUGCCCACCCCUUGUGUUGUCUGCAGACAAACCCUUAUAUCUGACAUAGAAGUCAGGAUGCAUGCCAGGUUCCAUCUCAAGAACUCUGCCGCGCUUACAGUCACAGAGCCCAUGUAUCAAUGCUGUCUGUGCCUGAAACAAUUUGAAAUGCAGAAUCUCAUUGCUGCGGGUGGUAGUAAUGGAGUUGUACCAAGCAUUCAGGGAACUUCAUAUGUCUGCAAGGACUGCUACCACUGUCAUAGCAAAACAUCACCAUCACAGCAGCAACAGCAACAGGCUACUCAACAGCAGCAACUUGGACAUCCACUGCAGUUGCAAGAACAAAUUUUCCAUUGUUCUGAGUGCCAAGUGAAGUUUGAGACCAGCACAGCUCUUGAAGCACAUCUAGUGUCUGUCCACAGGAAGACCUACCAGUGCAUCAAAUGCCAGAAGAGUUGUGAGACAGAGCAUGAAAUACAAUUGCAUGUGGCUACACAUAUGCUGACAGAAGGGAGCAGCCAUGAGUGUCACCUCUGUCGCCGGUUAUUAACUACUCCACUGAAGCUGCAGACACAUCUCAUAGAGCAUACAUUUGCUGGCUGUGGCAGCUUCACCUGCUACCUGUGUAGUGCUGUGUUCACGGCAGCACAAGGCUUACAUCAACACAUGCUGGAGCAUGGCCUGGAUGCAAGACCCUAUGACUGUUCUCGAUGCAGUCAGCGCUUCUUCUUCCGUGCAGAGUUGGACAACCACAGCUACAGCCAUGAUGAAGAGGAAGCAGUUGCUAUGGCAAAUCCCUCAGCAUUGUUAGAUGGAGGAGAUAUGGCAAGCAAGAGUCCCUACUAUCACCAUUUGAACACAAAUGGAACAUACGAUUCUUCAAAUCCAGAUAUGCAUUACUACAGGACAUUAAUUCAAGAAUCAUCAAAACAGCAAAAACACAAAAGCAAUAAAAGUCACAGCUCUAAAGGAGCAGCCAUGUUGAAAUGUUGGGAAUGUAACAAAGAAUUCAGCAGCAUUCUAGGUCUACAGACACAUCAGCGACAUCACAGACAUACAUCAAACACAAAUAAGAAAGUUCAUACUUGUAAUGAAUGUGGAAAAGGGUUUGGGAUGGCAAAACAUCUUAAUGUUCACAUGCGAUCACAUCACGAAAACCACAAUGGUGAAGAGCAUACCUCUGAAGAAAAGAACACUGUCUCUGAAGAACACCAUCAGUCAGAGGGAAACAAACCAGGAUCUACUCAUGCCUGUCCAGUAUGUCAUAAAGAUUUCCCUGAUGUUGACAGUCUCACCACACACAUAACUUUGCAGCACUUUCGCUGUCCACAGUGUGGUGAAGCAUUUGUACGUCAGCGUCAUGUUGUUGAUCAUAUCAGAAAGGUGCAUUCAACUGAAGAAGGGCAGUACAUUACUGGAGAUCAUUUGUCAACAGAAAUGAAUGAUUUGGAGGUGAAAGAAGAGCCAGUUAUGAUUAAAGAAGAGAAUGAAGAUGAAAACAUUGAUGUCUCAUCAUUGACUCCAACAGAUCAGCAGUAUGGUGGCUCCCCUGAGCACCACGCUUUUGCAGAAUGUGGUGAAAAAUCAAACAGACAAAGCAUUGAAACAUCACACCUAAACAUUCACAAUCUUCCAUCUUCUCCCAAUGCUGCACAUCCAAGCAACAGUAUAAAUGAUGGCAAUGAUACUGAUGAUGAUGAAACAAGCUUGUCUCGAACACCACCAGUAAAUGGCGAUAAUGAACAUUAACACUUGAGUUUAGAGUCAUAGGUGCUGGCUUCUCAUAUGGCGUAUAACUCCAUAAGUUCCAAUGCAUUUGAAGUCAAGAGCUUUCAUCGGAAAUUCAUAAAUAAGGAGCUAAUGAACAUUUGCUUCCAAGUUUGACUUUUCAGAUAAUAUAAAUGAGUUCUCUUUUUAUUUUAUUUAUUUUUGUAUCAAUGAACUCUGAAAACAGCUCAUCAUGUUGAAGGGAGUAAGAAAUGACACAUGAUAGAGAGUAAAAUUUCACGAAUAUUGUUCAGAGUACAGUACAGUAUGUGCAGUACAUUGUCAUCCUAAAAGAAUUAAAAAAAAUCUGGUUGGGGGGUAAUGAACGGAUGACAUUUUCUAUUAACUAACAGAAUGGUUGUUAUUGUAAAGGUUUAGUCUUAAAGUAGGGACAAGGAGACAUGUUUCCAUCCACAAUACAGAGGCAUACUUUUUUGCAUUAACUUCUUAGUUUCUGCAGUCGCCUCUUCCAAUAAUUUGGCAGGAGUAGUUUUGACAGAGAAGGAACCAGAAUGGCCAAUAGUAUAUAAAUAUAUAUUUGUUCACAUUACUAAGCAAAAGAGCAUAUUCAUAAUGCUGAUGAAUAUUUAUAUUCAAAGACAAUUUCUGUAUCAUUUCCUGAAUAUUAUUACACAACAGUUGUGGGCAAAUCACUGUAGAUUCUGAGUUUGGUGAAGGAAGCUAUAUUCUCAGAAAAGUACUAGUAAGUAAAUCUUUCCAUUGGUUGAUGUCAUACGCAUCUUCUAAUUUCAGCAGAUCCAGAUCCAUCUUAAUGAAUAUUUAUAUAUGUUUUGUACUCUUUAUCAGUCUUAUUAUUCCAACAAGAUUUGUAUCUUAAAUAAACAGAGCAAAUAUUGUCUGUUUAGCUCAGGUAGAGUACAAAAUAGCAUAUAAUUAACAUUUGAAUGACUUUGGAAUCUUUGCAGUGUUCCCGUAAGCAAUAACUGAGAGUCAUUUGCUGCAAUAUGACUUUAUUUUAAGGGUAUGAAUUUUUUUAACAUUGUAAUAAUUGUCCUCACUUUCCAUUAAGCUUAUCAGCAAAGCAAACUGAAGCAGCUUUUUGCUUUCCAUUAUACAUGAUGGUCACGUCUGUAUGUUACGUACCUUAUAAGUAGGGACCGGAUUUUAAUGCAAAUGCAUAUUUCUUUCUUGCAACUAGAAAGUAUGCUCGUUUGGAUAUAU